UUUGCAAUUACGGCGUCUCCAGCAGCUAUGACAACAGAAGUUUUAAUAUGGGUGGGUUGACGCCUCAAAAGAAGAGGCAUUCGACUUGUAAAAUGCCCCAGAAAGGGCUGAAAUGCACUGUGGAGGUCUAUAUUCAGGCCAUCACCUGCCCGGGAGUUGUGCUCCCCAACCGACAGGAUGUUUACCUAAGUGUUUGUGUCAUGGGUCAGUACCAGAAGACUCUUUGUCUGCCUCCAGUUUUCCCUCUCUUAUUUCAUAAGAAGAUGACCUUUGAAAAGGCCUUUUCAGAAGCCAUUGACCCCAGUGACAUUGCUGAUCUCCUGGAGCAUGACACAACCUCCUUUGAGCUGAUUCAGCUUGUCCCCCCAGAGGGAAACAUCCUGGCCAUUGUGGAAGAGAACACACGGGACUUUCUGUAUCCGGGUCCCAGACUGACCCCAAGAGCAUCUGGUCCGGAGAGAGAGCUGCUGAUGAAAAGAUCCAUCUCUUUCCCCGGAAUUUCUCCCAAAGUGGAAUUCUCGACAAAUUCCAUCAUCGAAGAAUGUGAAUUGAAAGAUAGCAAGCCUGCCGCCCCUCCGGGCUGUCCGUCUCCAGCAAAACCUCGCUCUAGCGUACGAAACAGCAGGAGCCCAGUAUCUGCAGGGAAAAGGAAACAGCAGAACGUUGCGUCCAGUAGCUACGAACAGCCCACCGUGGCCUCUCAGACGCGCUCCCCCUCGCCCUACACCCACCGCCGCAUGUGCCAACUGUCGGAGGACGCCAGGCAGCGGCUCAGCCACCUCCAGCUGGGGCCUUACAGGUUCAAGAAGGAGUCGGAGAGCCAUCCUCCCUUCGUGGUUCCCCGAUCGCUGAGCAGCUCCCUGAACGAGUCCGCUUCGUCCCACCGCGCCACUCCUUCCAAGGGAAGCCUCCGUCACAGCUGGUCUGCCGGACGCGCUGCAGAGAGCAUGCAAGCCUGGUCUCUCAGGGACGAAUCAGGUGACUGGAGACCACGCCCACGUUUCAGCUGCUUGAGUUCUGCGUUCCUACAGGUGAACAGCAGCUCUGUGAAGGUGCAGAGGUCCCCAGGGGAGGUGUUGGGACAGAGGUGCACCAGCACCCCCAGCAGGAGGGCAAUGGAAGUGCAGUCAACCCCAGCAUCCUGCAAGAGGAUCCCCCAGAGUCCUGUGCUGAGUCACUCUUCCCUGCGGGAGAGGUUUCAAAGUGAUUCGUCAAGCCCAGGCCAGUGGGAGGAGAUCCACAGACGUGUUCAGAGAAUCCUAAGGACCCACGGCCUUCAGAGCAAAAGCAUCGCUGAUGACGAGCGCGCAGAGGGAUGUUCGGCCGAGCGCAGGCUGGUGGUUGCCGGCUAUGACAGUGACAGCCCCGCUCUCCGGGACAGCACGGUGAUCCCUGGGGCUUCUGUCCACUUGGGCAGUGGGGCAUUCUGGACCAGCCGAGCUGCCCAGUACACAGGGAAGCCCCACAGAGCUGUGUUUGAGGACAGCCUUGGUAAGAUCUACAAGAGCCUCUACAAGAAUGCCUCCAGCACCAGCUAAGAAUCACGUCCCAAAAGGAGCAUCCACAUGAGCUGGGCUGUCCCACCUCUCUGU